CGAGUGACUGAAGACAAACAUGGGGACAAACAAGCAUUUUGUGUGUCAGAAUGGAGAAGUGGGCAGGUGAUGAAGCCAGUGAUAUCCCAGUUCUCAGUGAAAGGGGGAAGUCACCCAUCGACUAGUGAUUCUGAACAAGAACUAAUAACAGGAUUUAGUGUAAGUGUUAACUUCUGAAACGAUGUCAACUGAGAGGCAACCGCUGCUUUUCGAGGGCUUCCUGAAGAAAAGGAAAGAUACAAUGAAAAUGAAGUGGUCAACCUAUUGGUUCAGGCUCCAAAACACAACAUUAUUCUUCUACACUAAGAAACAUGGGAGUGCUUCACACCUAAGAGGCCUGUACUACAUCUACACUGUGCAGUCUGUGCGUGAGAUCCAGAGGGAGAAGCAUAAGCACUACGUGUUUGAAAUCACCAUGAAGAAUGGGAAGAGGAAAGUACUGGCUGCGGAGACAGGGGAUCUGAGGAGGGAGUGGAUUGGUCAGCUGUGGAGGGCCAUGCAUCUCUCAGGCCCAGGGGGUACAGACCCAGGCUGCAUACGACAACAGGAUGUGAGGUCUGAUGACCUGAAGGCCAGAGGUCGCUUCAGCACCUAUAACAGCUCAGAAUGUGACAGCAUGACGGAACCACUGGGGGUUCAUCGACCCCUCUCUGCACCCCUCAACCCUUCCACCCCUGACCAAGACCUAGACCAGGGACACAGGAUUACCAACUGCCUCUCUGGCCCCCUCACACCUGACCAAAAUCUGGGGCACAGGGCUACCCUCUCUCUCUCCCUCACUGAUGAGCUCAGUAAUGAGGAAGCCAUAUGCCAGAACACCAUCUCACAUUAUGGAGAGGAGGAUGAAGACAGUGUCCAUAGAUUUAGAAGGAGAUGUGAGGAGGAGAGAGAUGAAGAAGAGGAGGAAGACAGUGUCCAUAGAUUUAGAAGGAGAUGUGAGGAGGAGAGAGAUGAAGAAGAGGAGGAAGAGGAUCAGUAUGACAUUCUACCAGCCCCCCGGAACUCUGAGUAUCACAUCAACCAAUCAGAUGAAGACUUGACUGACGGAGAGGACCUCUAUGACUUCCCACUGUCCAAUAGGAGGGCAAGUGACCGCCAAGAUUAUAGCGAGAUGACAGAGAGCAUCUAUGACGUCCCCAGUUCCCUAAUGAGGAAAAUGUCUGAACACACACUUGCAGAGCCUUACCCUGGAGGUGAGAUACUGGUGGAGGACAGGGGCCUCCUGGAUGACAUGAUGGCCAGUCUGGGUGGAGGGACGGUGGGCUGGAUAACAGGUGCUUCUACUGUGGAGCCCUACGGGCUGGCUCAUCAUGGCUCUUAGGACUGGUAUAUAGUAUAGACUCUGGAUAAUAUAGACUGAAUGAGUUUUCCUCAUUAAAAUUGUUCUAUAAAGCUUGACGCAUUCUGUUAGAGAUUUAAAUAUGUUUACAUUUUAUGAAAAAAAAUCUAAUUUGUCAUGAUAUUCUAUUCUAUUGACUUCUCUUUUAAUACAAUCUACUGUCAAGGAAAUACCAUAUUAAAUAACUAACUUUAUACUGUCAAAGUGUUCCACUUAGUAUAUAAUGUCAGGAGAGAGGUACUAUAGUAUUCAGGCAGACCCUAUCCUUCUUUUUUAGGAGGUAGAUCAGCUUUAAUACUGCAGAUACAUUGUGGCUUCUAUCAAUGUAAUUGUCUGCAUCAUUUCCAAUCACACAUGUAUAUUUUUUGUAAAUAUAUAGAGUAUAUAUUAUUUUAAAUAUGUUUUGCUUCUUUAUUAUUUUCCCCUAACCCUACCACCCUUCCCUUAAUUGGAGUAAACAAAUGAAAUAGA